GCGCUCAGGGUCGGAAAUAACUUUAAGUGAAACAAUGUUGAUGUUAUUUAUAAUGUGCUACAUGCAAGGCCCCCUCCGCUAGCACCCUUGCCGGAAGCGAUUCGUAGCAACGAACUAACAUUAUUGUUUUGACUUGGCAACAUAGACUUAGGGGAUGGACACAAUGAUCGUUGCCCAUUCUUCUUGGUUGUUUGACUGUCGCAAGGUUCAAAACGCGAGCGUGAACGUUAUACGAUGUUUAAUGUUUGUAUUAAAAGAAUAUGUUCAUUUUCGUUCAUAUUUGACUUGCCCUGAUUGAUAUCGAACACGUGAACCAUAUGGUUUAAACUCGAUUUUUUUUCACUUCACUUCCCACAGCCCGAGGAAGUUUUGUGAAAAUGGACAACGCGCAAAGGAAAGAGUACAUCGACAUGAAACUGAGCAAACUUAUUUCUGCGAUACGAGACAAUAGGAAAGCGUCUUGCAACAACAAAUUCUGGAGCCAGAACUUGAUCGAAGACGAUGCGUUUAAACACUCUCCGCAGUAUAAGUUCACAUCGAACUACGAGCACCGCUUUUUGGCCCAGAAGGAAAUAAUCAAGUGUCAGAAAGGCACGAUAUCCAUGCAGGAAAAGAUGAUAGAGCAGAUGCAGAACGAGAUACAACGACAAAAAAACGAGCUCGCCUACUUGAAAAAUAACGAAACCGGUAAAAAACCCAUUUCGAAGUUCAAAGCCGCUCCUGCACACCCAGCAGACGCCAAAGUCGAUUCCAUCGAGAAAACGAAUUCGAGAAAUUCGACGCCGGCGAAGUUUCCCGACGUGCUGAAAGGCAUGAACCAGAGGCACGAAGAAAGGCGGCAACGGUGGAACGUGAUCAAAGAGCAAAAGGCGUUGAAGGAAAAGCAAAGGAUCGAAGAGGCUGCCCAGAAACAGCUAGAAAAUAAGAAGCUCAUAGCCGAGCAGAAAAGGCAAAAAUUCAAAGCAGUCGCAAGAAGAAUGAGGGAAAUAGAAGAACAGAAAAAACACGAUAAAUUGCUCAAAGAAUGGGCCCUUAAAUUUUACGACAAGUUUUCCUUAAUGAUUUACUUUGCGAUAUGGUGGAUUGAAAGCCGAGAGACUAAAGCGAGACUCCUGACGGCCACUUACGCGGUAAAUAAACAUUUAAUGUCAGUAGCAUUAAGAAACUGGAAGAUUUCUACACAAAUAUCUGUAAAUUUAAAACAAAAUGCUGCUGAGAAAUUCUACAGACGUACUGUCAUGAAAAGACAUAUCGUUAUUUGGCAAAACUACACCCAGCAAAUGCAAUGUUACGACGAAAGCGCUAUACGCAUAUAUGAGAAAGAGUUGAUGGCUUCCGCCUUCAGGAGGUGGCACAUUUAUUGCCUCAAGAGCCAAAUAGCCCAGGAGGAGAAGUACCAAGCAGCCCGAGCUAUUUAUUUAAGGAGCAUGUACAAACACUACUUCCAAAUGUGGAGAGAGCUGCCAAAAUUGAACUACGAAAAAAUAGAACAGGAGAAGAGAAUAAGAGAUUGGGAAUCGUCGGUUCAGAAGAUUAUCCCCGAUUUUCAAAUUCAGGAAUAAAUCCUACCGUCAACAAAAAA